CUGAGCGAUGAGGCUCGCCUAGGGUAGGAGUCGUGAAUCUCGCGACACUACAGCUCCGAUUAUAUUGCAGUACAAUGGUACCAUAUCUCCUCGGCUGGCAAAUAAUUAAACUUGUACUAGAAUUCAUCUUGAUUUGAAGGCUUAGUGGCUUCAAAUCGUGGUAAUGGAGAAAUGGAGAUGUCACGUGCGCACAGAACUCAUACAGCGAGACAGCUCACAGAAGGAUCCAUAUGCUGGCGUCUUCAGAAGUUUGUUUCAGCUGCAAGAUAAUUUUGAAAUUCGUCGAGAAAUUUGGGAAGAUCUGCAGCGCCAAAGUUUAGAACAAGAUGGAAUAACAUUUGUGGAACUUCACCUCUGGUUAAGAGAGAGUGAACACCUGUCUAAAAAGUUGUCUCAGACCGUCUCUGACCUGACCAGUGUUUUGUAUUUCAAAGAGUCUGAGCUACAGUACUGGCAGUCUCAGGUAGCCCGUUUCCGUCGGGAGGCUCUGAGCCUGGCUGGAGGCAGCAACUCGCUGAAGGCCACCCUGAACCACCAGGAGUUCACCCUUGAGAGGCAGGCCAAGGAGCUGGCCACCCUGCAGAAGGAGCACAUGCGCCUGCGGGAGGGGAUGGUGGAGGCCUGGAAGGAGAAAGGGGACCUCCUCCAGAGAUGGAUGGAGGAGAAGAAAGAGGAGGCGGCAAGGGUUAAUAAGUACAACGACGCACAGGAAAGGUGGCGUCGGUUGGCCAGACGGCUGAAGAAACAACUUCGGGGAGAAACGGUCAAACCUUCGGAGCAGACGGAGAUUGACGUGACGAGUGGCGGAAAAGAAGCAGCAUUCAAACUAGAAUGAGUGACAGCAUUUAUUUUGUAACUUUUUUUCAUCUGUAACUAAUAUCUCUUAAAUAACUUGUUUUACAUUCGCAGUUUAAUGUGAGCACCAUUCCUAGAAGCACAAUCCGAACUCCACUUAAACAGCAACUAAAUAUGCACCUGAUGCAACUCUCUAUUGACUACAUUUAAUGUUGUUUAGAUGGACCGUUUUUAUUGAAUCAACAUGGGCAGGCAUCACUUGUGCAUCAAGCUUACAAACCAAACUAAUAAUUCAAGAUUAUAUGCACCUCCUGAUGACGUUUUAACAUGUUUGUGUUUGUGUAACCUUAUCGGAUUGGUUUUUAGUCCGAUAAGAUCUUAAAGUGAUUCAUGUUUUUUUUUACUUUUUAGUGUGACUGACGAGCCUACAUUAUUAUAUUGUAAAAAGACUCGUGGUAGAUAUGCUAUAUAAAUAUAUUGUGUUAUCAACUUUUUUUUUAAAUAAAGCAAUGUGUAACGUGCGAGAUUAAUUAUUUUUUGU